GGUUUUCUUUAUUGCACUUUUGGGAAAUGCAACAGCAAGUCUGUCACUGCAGCGCAAUGUGACAGACCCCUCUCUUGUCAAACAUAUUUAGUAGGAGGGGCGGCGGUGGCGGCUUCAUCCAGGUCCCAGUCCCACUGCUGCCGCCUCCUCCGCUCACAUCUCUUCCAGCCUUCACACUUCAGUGAGGAAGACUAUGGAGGACGAUCAGUGAUGUUUGAUAUUUUUAUGAGUUAAAAUACAUCCGGAGUUCAGCGGGUCUAUGCCAGACACUUCUAUUGAACACAAUGAUGGGUCCAUGGAAUGCUCUCCUCUACAUUGCAGUCACUGUCUGCCUAUUGCAAGUGUCCCUCCAAGGGGAGCCCCAGCGGAGGCUGUACAAGGAUCUUAUGGCCAACUACAACCCACUAGAAAGGCCAGUGUUCAAUGACACCCACUCCCUCACCGUCAACUUCAGCUUUAGUUUGAUGCAGAUCAUGGACGUGGAUGAGAAGAACCAGGUUUUAACAACCAACAUAUGGCUGCAGCUGUACUGGAAUGAUUAUUACCUGCAGUGGAAUCAGUCUGAGUACCCUGGGGUGGACAAUGUGAGAUUCCCUGAUAGCCAAAUCUGGAAGCCAGACAUCCUGCUGUAUAACAGUGCCGACGAGAGGUUUGAUGCUACCUUCCAUACCAAUGUGUUGGUCAACUCCUCUGGGUCCUGCUCCUACUUGCCUCCAGGCAUCUUCAAGAGCACCUGCUACAUCGAUGUGCGCUGGUUUCCCUUUGAUCUCCAGAGGUGUGACCUGAAAUUUGGCUCUUGGACCUAUGGGGGCUGGUCUCUGGACCUACAGAUGAUUGAGGCAGAUAUCACAGGUUACAUCCCCAAUGGAGAGUGGGACCUAGUGGAGGUGCCGGGGCGCAGAAACGAGCGCUUCUACGACUGUUGUAAGGAGCCUUACCCUGACGUAACCUUUACUGUGGUGAUGCGUAGACGUACCCUCUACUAUGGCCUCAACCUCCUCAUCCCAUGUGUUCUCAUCUCCACCUUGGCCCUGCUCGUCUUCCUGCUGCCUGCAGACUCUGGGGAGAAGAUAUCACUGGGGAUAACAGUGCUGCUCUCACUGACCGUCUUCAUGUUGCUGGUUGCAGAGAUCAUGCCUGCAACCUCUGACUCAGUACCUCUAAUCGCUCAGUACUUUGCCACCACCAUGGUCAUUGUGGGUCUCUCUGUGAUCGCUACGGUUCUGGUCUUACAAUAUCACCACCACGAUCCUGAUGGAAGCAAGAUGCCUAAGUGGACUCGGGUGAUUCUGCUCAACUGGUGCGCCUGGUUCCUGCGUAUGAAGCGGCCCGGUGAGGACCGUGUACGCCCGGCCUGCCACAACAAGCAUCCCCGUGGGAGCCUCACCAGCCUGGACCUGAACGCCAGCGCCUCAGCCCCCCACUCCACCAACGGCAACAUGCUCUACAUCGGCCUGGAGAGCAUGCACUACGCUACAGCUGCCACCUCCCCCGACUCCGGGGUGCUGUGCGGCCGUCUGGUGUGUGGUGGGAGGGAGGACGAGGUGCUCUUGCCCACGCGGCCCACCUCUUCGGCGGGGAGCCUGGAGCCCGAUCUGGCCAAGAUCCUGGAUGAGGUGCGCUACAUCGCCAAGCGUUUCCGCGACCAAGAUGAGGAUGAGUUGGUGUGCAACGAGUGGAAGUUUGCGGCGUCAGUGAUCGACCGUCUCUGUCUCAUGGCCUUCUCUCUCUUCACCAUCCUCUGCACCAUCGGUAUCCUCAUGUCGGCACCUAACUUUGUGGAAGCCAUUUCCAAAGACUUCUUUACCUGAGAGCUUGAAACGUUCACAUGCAAUACACUACAUAGUUUUUGAAAUCUUAUGGAAAAUCGUGUUGUAUGUAACUGGCUUAAAGGAAUCUAGGCCUUAGAUGUUACAGCCAACCAACACAGAAGAGUUAAUAGCCAUGCCUUGAAUAGCUUUAUAAAUACCAAGGCUACUUCAAUUGAAUCCAAUGUGUUUUUGUCCACUUGAGUAAUUGCUUAUUGGCUACCCUUUAUAACGUUUCAAACGUUUUCUCUUAUGUGGUGUAAAGAAAAAUUGAUGGAUACCUUUGGGUUCAAGGUUUCUGUCAAAGUUAGUGUGUAGUUUUCUGUGAUUUGAAAAUAUCCAUCACAAAAACACCUUUUUGAGUUUCAGCAACUUUAUUGCAUCAUCAUCAUCAUUAUGUCUACAAGAACAAAACACAAUACUCCAUCAGCAUUAUGUUUGCACCUGUACAUUUAAAAAUAAAUAAAACUAAAAUUGAUUGAAUUGCCUUUUUGUUUAUUUCCUGAUCAUUUCAAUACGUCGUAGUGCUUGGGCUUAUAAAGCAUCCCUAGAAGAUUUAUAACAGGUGCAGCAUAUCCUCCAUCAGCCUGGUCUCAUAGACUAGACGUAACAUAGUAAAUAUAAUCAAAUUAGUAUAUGUUAUGUUUGGUAUGGUUACAUAAGACAGUGUCUUGGAUUGACGUAAAUAAUAAUAUGAAAUGCUCUAAGACCAGGUGGCCUCCAUUCAUGACAUUCUCACUAAAGUGUUUGUUACCACUUGUUUUUUGUGAUUUUUUAAAACAGUUUUACUGUAGAUGCUGUUCAUGGAAUUUGAGGACUGAUGAUGUCAGUGUAUACUCCCUCUCUAAAACACAUGAAUGGAAUUGAACCUGUUUUGAUUGAAGCGCCAUCUUUUAUUCUAUUAUCAAGUAUCUGUGCCACAUACAGUAUGUUUUGUGGACUCUCACUAAUAAAUGUAUUUUUCUAGAUGUGAACUACAAUGUAUCUUGAUUUAAUUACAGUGUCAUUAUCAUUUACUAAGUAUGUGUAAAGUGGGAUAUUUACGCAGUAUAUUACAGUUAAUAUUGCUAUACUUUCAGCACUUCAGUUCAUCAAUAAGAGCAUACACUUUAUUACAGUAUCACCUACAGGGUAGCCUAGUGGUUAGAGCGUUGGACUAGUAACCGAAAGGUUGCAAGUUCAAAUCCCCGAGCUAACAAGGUACAAAUCUGUCGUUCUGCCCCUGAACAGGCAGUUAACCCACUGUUCCUAGGCCGUCAUGGAAAAUAAGAAUUUGUUCUUAACUGACUUGCCUAGUUAAAUAAAGGUAAAAUAACAUAUAAUGUCCAUGUUGUCUUCAAACAGCAAGAGCAAACCUGAUAUGGUGAUCCCUCAGAAAUGUAGUCAUUGCUUAUAUGGGUAUUCAAGAGCAGAAAUAAUGAUCAGUAAGAUAUACAAUUUACUUUAUAAUGACUUGAUCUCCCAUUUUAGGCUAAUAUUACAAUGUUAUUAUUAUGAAUAGAUACAGCUGUUGGCAAUCUACUUUUUGCAGUAUAUAGGAUGGCAACAUAUAAGGCUGUUGUGUUAUUUUCUAUUGCAAUCCAUUUUAAGAAUCAGACUAAGCAUAAUGAUUCUGAAAUAGAGCUCUUAAAUGUCAUUGUUUACAACAUUGGGAUGUCAUUUGUAGCCAGCAGCACAUUAUUUAUUACAUAUAAACCACCUUUGUCAGAUAGUCAGUGCUUGACUUGGGCAGGAGCUCACCGGAGCUGAGGACCGGCACCUACAUUUUUCUACUGUGGAGCUCCUGUUCCUCUUAUAGAAUAUUAUCUCAAAAGUACUGUGUAACUCCUGUUCCUCUUAUAGAAUAUUAUCUCAAAAGUACUGUGUAACUCCUGUUCUUCUUAUAGAAUAUUAUCUCAAAAGUACUGUGUAACUCCUGUUCCUCUUAUAGAAUAUUAUCUCAAAAAUACUGUGUAGCUCCUGUUCCUCUUAUAGAAUAUUAUCUCAAAAUUACUGUGGAGCUCCUGUUCCUCUUAUAGAAUAUUAUCUCAAAAUUACUGUGGAGCUCCUGUUCCUCUUAUAGAAUAUUAUCUCAAAAGUAUUGUGGAGAUCCUGUUCCUCUAAUAGAAUAUUAGCCUAAAAGUAUUGUGGAGCUCUUGCACCUAAAUAUAAACAGUACAGGCACCCAACAUUAGUACUGACACCUAUUUCAGUCCAAGUCAAGCACGGCAGAUAGUCAAGAUUUCACUUGGAGCUCAUUCAACAGAGCCAUUAUGCUACGAAGGAAACUAAGUGGAUUGUGCUAAAUAUUCGCUGAGUGUGACAAACCACCGACACACAUUUCUUAAAUAAAUCUUUGUUAUCAAAAGAGCAUUUGAGCACUGGAUAAUUUAAUGCUGCAGUAAUGGAAAGGCAUAUUCCACUUAGUAUUUUGGCAACCCUUUCCAUAAUCAUACUGGCAGUAUAAUGUUGAACAAACCAGACUUGAGGUACUGGAACUAUGGCCCUGUCACGCCCUGACCUUAGUUCCUUUGUUAUGUCUCUAUUUUGGUUUGGUCAGGGCGUGAGUUGGGGUGGGCAUUCUAUGUUUUUGUUCUAUGUUUUAUAUUUCUAUGUGUUUGGCCAGUGUGGUUCUCAAUCAGAGGCAGCUGUCUAUCGUUGUCUCUGAUUGAGAACCAUACUUAGGUAGCCUCAUCCCACCUGUGUUUUGUGGGUAGUUGUUUUCUGUUGUGUGUCUGCAUCAGCCAGAACUGUUUUGGUCGUUAUCUUUGUUAUUUCAGUGUUCAUUUAAUAAAUAUGGACAUGUACCACA